AUGCUCUCUCCCUGCCAGAAUGGAGGAACGUGCAUUGAUGACAAUGGUUUUGCACCACAUGCUUCCUGUCUGUGCCCUUCUGGUUUUGCUGGCAACUUCUGUGAAAUAGAUAGAGAUGACUGUGAAUCCAACCCAUGUGAAAAUGGAGGAACAUGUACAGAUAUUGGUGUGGGUUUCAGCUGUUUUUGUCCCCAUGGCUAUACAGGAAAGCUCUGCAGCAGCCGUGUCAUAUUCUGUGCAAGUGGCCCUUGUGAGAAUGGAGGGACAUGCAGUGAACAUCACCAAGGAGGAUUCGAAUGCAUCUGUAAACCAGAAUUCGUUGGUGUGACCUGCAAACAUCCCAGCAAAAACACAAGUCUUUCUGGAGUGAAUAUGGAGACAAAGCAUAUGCAGAAUUACAAGCCAGCCUCAAAAGCCCAUCACAGAUCAGUGCAUCAACAAGAAAUCCUGAAAAUAACAAUGAAAGAAACAAUCCAAAAUGUAGAUCCCUUGCUCAGUAGAAGCCAGGUGAUAUGUUUUGUUGUACUGGGCUUGCUUACCUGUCUUGUUGUCUUGGGUACAACCGGGAUUGUGUUUUUUUCAAAAUGUGAAAUGUGGCUUGCUAAUGCCAAAUAUAGUCGUCUCCUGCGCAAGAAAAAGAACUUUUUUCUGAAAUCUAACAAUGAGGAAGACCUCUCAGUUAAUAUUAUCUUCCCAGAGAAGAUCAAAUUGACUAAUUACACUAAGAACUACACUGCCAUCUAGGCCCUUGAAAACCAAGCAGCAACUUGCAACUUUUCAUAGCAAUGUGUAAAAUAGAUUGAAUUUAUUGCCUGUGAUUGGCCUCAAUAUUUGUGGGUACAUUUGCUGUAGCUUGUGCUGAGUGAUAUGAAGAAAUAUGAUGUAUCUGUAUUGCUAAGGAUUUUUUCAUUUCCCAGAAUGAGAGGUUAAAAAAAACCAGAAGGACUAAAGACCUGGGAAUGUUAAUCUGAUUUCUUUUCAAGGCAGCUAUUUUUUGUAAAAUAAAAAGUAAUUUACCACUGGAACUAUAUUGCAGCUUUCUUGUCUUGCGCAUAGUUUAUUUGGCAAAUGCGGUACCAGUAAAUUACUCAAUAAUGCUUUUUUUGAAUAAACAGCAGUUAAGG